AUGUCUAACGAACUGUUGGAAGCAAUGAGCAUGGUGCAGAGCUUGCGGGUUGUCGAGCUGCGUUCCCUCCUCUCUACUAUGGGCAAGUCCAAGACUGGGCUGAAGAGGGAGCUGGUUCAUCGUGCCACUGAGCACCUUCACAGAGAGUGCAGGCCUGAGCUCCUUUCCACUAUCCGGGAGCUCUACCGACUCCGCCACUCCAUGAAAGACUCCAGCAGCAGACGCUCGGAAGUCGUUUCCAAGCCAACGACAGACAAGGUCAUUGCUACACCAACUGCCGAUUGCCACAACAAACCUGAAGUGCUGGCCAGUGCCGUUCCUGAGAUGCAGAUGAUAAAGAUGCCUUUCUAUCACACGCUGGAGACGAUUGUACCUCCAACAUCACUUGUGCCCAUAUCUGCAGGUACUCCACAGGUCAACUCCCUCUCCUUUCAGCUUACUGCAAGGCAGCGGGCUCGGAUAAAGAACUCUCAGUAAGUUAACUAUUCCCUCAAAGCUGUACAGGUGGUUUUGAGAUUUUGCUAUACAGAGAGCAUUGGUGUCGAAGAUGAUCAGUAUCCACCUAGAAUUACUGUUUGUGUCAACGGCGUAUACUGUUUGGAACAGGCUCGAUAUGCCUCUAAUAAAGAAGGGGUGGAGCCUUCUCGUCCCUGUUGUCCAAUCAAUCUCACGCCAUUGCUAAACCAGUUCACUGACAACCAUAUCCGUGUCCAUUGGCAUAACUUUGGCAAGCACUACUCUGCAGCAGUAUAUCUGGUGAGGGUUUUCUCCUCACUGGAUUUGCUGGAGAAGCUCCAGACCAAAGCAGUGGAGAGUCAGGAGAGCUGCAGACAGAAGAUUUGGGAGAAGCUGCACUGGGAUCCUGAGAAUGAGAUUGCCACCACAAGGCUGCAAGUGUCUCUUAUCUGCCCGCUGGCGAAGAUGCGCAUGUCUACCCCCUGUCGUGCACAGGCCUGUGCCCAUCUGCAGUGCUUUGACGCUGCCUCCUACCUGCAAAUGAAUGAGAGGAAGCCUAUAUGGUCCUGUCCUGUCUGUCAUAAGCCUGCCCUGUUCGAAACACUUCAGAUCGAUAGUUUGCUGAGUAGCAUACUCCAGAGCACAGAAGAGGAAGUGGAGAACAUUGAGUACCUGUCGAAUGGCUCCUGGAAAGCACUAGGAGAGGGGAGGGAGUGCUGCAAAACAUCUGCUCCUUCUCCAGCCUGCAUCACGAACAGUCCUGGGCUGCUAGACAUUGUGGAUCUAACCCAGGGCUCAUCAGACGAUGACGACAGCAACAAUGUGUAA